AUGAUGUGGAAGCCUCGUGCUUUGCACUAUAAUCUGAAUGCGUUUCUUCACAUUAUUCAUGAAUACACAAUUAAUGCUUUUCUUUGGUUUCUAUGCUUGUAUCAGGAGUGGGACGAUGAACUGGCUGCCGCUGCUCAAAGUUGGUCUAAAAAAUGCAAUCCAUAUGAAGAAGAACCGAUUGGAAAUGUUGGUAAAUGGAAUUCAGUUGGUCGGAAUUCCGUUAUUCAAUCCGAGUUGGCAGGAGCUGUUGCAUAUUGGAUGGAAGAAUCGAACAUUUAUAAACACAAUACAGACUCCUGUAGUUCAACGUUUGAUUGCAAUAGUUACAAGCAGGAGUGGGACGAUGAACUGGCUGCCGCUGCUCAAAGUUGGUCUAAAAAAUGCAAUCCAUAUGAAGAAGAACCGAUUGGAAAUGUUGGUAAAUGGAAUUCAGUUGGUCGGAAUUCCGUUAUUCAAUCCGAGUUGGCAGGGUAG